AUGGCGACUCAGGCUCACUUCGACCGCGACAGCGAGAAGGGUUACGAGAAGCACGUCGAGCACGACGGACGGCGCUCCAGCGUGGCCGCCGCCUUCGAGUCGCAGAAGCACCACGACGACAUCGACCAGGUUCUUCACGACGAUGUCCACCGUCAGUGGCUCGAUGUCGACGAGGGCUUCGACCCCAAGGAGAUUGCCCGCAUCAACCGCAAAAUUGACUGGCGCCUCCUCCCCAUUCUCGGUGCUAUGUACACCAUCUCGCAAAUCGACCGUUCCAACCUUGGUCUCGCCCGUUCCGCCAACAACGGCAAGAUGAACGACGAACUCGGUCUCCGCAGUGUCAACGGCAAGGUCAACAACCGCUACUCUAUCAUCACACUCGCUUUCUUCAUUCCCUACCUCAUUCUCGAAGUUCCUUCCCAGAUCGGUCUCCGCAAGUUCGGCGCCAAGAUCUGGCUCGCCACCGCUGUGCUCCUCUGGGGUAUCGUUAUGAUUGGUAUGGGUCUCGCACCCACUUGGUCUGCGCUCGCCGGUCUCCGUGCCCUCCUCGGUGCGUUUGAGGCCGUGCUCUUCCCCGGCGCCACCUACCUCAUCGCCUGUUGGUACCCGCGCAAGCAGAUGGCUUCGCGUAACUCCUGGUUCUACAUCACUUCCAUCGUCAUCUCGGGUCUCUCUUCGGCGCUUGCCUACGGUCUCUCGCAGAUGGACGGCACUGCCGGCAAGAACGGUUGGCGCUGGAUCUUCAUCAUCGAGGGUGUCAUCACCGUUGUGAUUGGUUUCGCUGGCUACGUUCUGAUCAUCGACUUCCCCGACCGCGCCAAGUUCCUGUCCGAGGAGGAGCGCAACAUCGUCCUUACCCGUAUCGAGCGUGACCGCGCCGACUCGGUCGUCGACCCGAUGACUUGGGCCAAGUUUGUCGAGUACAUGCUCACUCCCAAGCUGUGGCUGUUCUCGUACUUCUUCUGCUCGGCUGCUGUCGGUGUCUACGCGCUCGCUUUCUUCCUCCCGCAAAUCCUCCAGUCAAUGGGCUUCACCAACAUUCAGGCUCAGCUGCUGUUCGCCCCACCCUACGUCUGGGUUUUCAUUCCCGCCAUGACCAGCGCGUACUUCGGUGACCACUUCGCCGGCCCCACUCGCAUGGUCCGCGGCCCUCUCGUUGCCUUCCACGCCCUCUGCAUCGUCAUUGGCAUUUCAAUGUUCUCGCAGCUUCCCCAGGGCAUGAUCGCCGCCCGUUACACCGGCGUCUUCCUCACCUGCGGUGGCUCUAACGCCAACAUCUCCAUGAUCAUCUCGUGGACCCAGACUUCCAUCCGUGCCCAGUCGAAGCGUGGAUUCGCCUCGGCCCUUGUCGUCGCUGGCGGUGCCCUCUCCGGUAUCAUUGUUGCCGUCGCCUUCAAGGAGACUGAGGCCAAGACCGGCUACCCUACCGGCAUCUUCCUCGCCAUUGCCAUGAACGCCCUCGUCGUCAUCGUGGCUCCCGUCCUCUCCUUCUGGAUGCUUUGGAAGAACCGUAAGGCCGACAAGGGCGAGUGCGUCAUCGAGCACGACGUCAACUUCCACUACCAGCCCUAA